GAAAGGGGGAGAGGGGGUGUGGGAGAGAGAGAGCGAGAGCGAGCGAGAGAACAAAAACGUGACUAGGCACCAAAGUGUUCUGUUAUGCAACUACUGACCUACUAACAUACAUAUCGAGACAGAAAGAGAGAGAGAAGUGGAGCAAGUGGUCAACAUAACACGAGGACUGAACGCGAAGGGGAGACACGGGACGCGCACGGUAGAACCGAGGAGGACCACGCAGAGCCCCGCGGCCGGUCAGUGAGUGGAGAAGGACCUGGCUGCUUACACAGGACACCAGUGAGGAGAGAGCGCGACCCGCGGGCACGGCGACCCAACCCUGGGGAUCUUCUUGCUUCACGCCACGGACGACUUCCUGGUGAGCAGCAAGACGGGGAACAAAAACGUCAGUCAGGAGCGUCUUUACAACCUUGUUAUCUGCAAGACAUCCCAGAGCAGUUGACCUAUUCUCCUGUAAAAACGCUUCUGUGAAGGCCAAACUGCCCAUAAAGUGGUUGUGUUGUCUACACAGCCUCCUGCUGAUCUAUUUGGUGGACGAGAAAAUUUGGAAAGUUCUGCGGCGUCACCGUUCAUCCGAAAGCCUGUUAAAUGAGGAAGCUUUACGUGGAAUUCCACCUCUUGUUGAUCUUCCUAGCCAACUUAGACACUUGAAUAUCUGUGCAUUGAAAACAAGGAAGGAGGAAAGGAGCCCUACAGCAAAAUCAAUGAGGUUCCUUUCAAGAGAGGCUCAGAUAUCUCAUCGAGAGUAUUUCGCUGAUCCUGCGACCUAGAAAUCCAACCUGACCCUAAGCUAAGCAAGAAACUUAACUGCAUGACAACACUGUUCUUUUUCCUCUUCUGUCCCAUCAGUUUAUAGAUUUUUUUUUUUUUUCUUUUUUUUUUUCCCCUGAAAUUCCGUUUCCAAUGUCAGCUGGGUGCAUCUAUUCCAACCUGGCCUCUGCUAUAAAGCAAUGGAAAGCCUGAAUUUGCUUGUCCCAGUAGUCAGUUCCAAAAAUAUUGACAAGUUGGAAACCUUCUCUAACUAUAAUCAGAGUCUCUCGUCACCCAACAGCAACCUUUCUCGUCCAGGUCGUCUGGUAAAACCGAAGCCCAAUAUGACCUGCCGUCGUAAGCGGGAGUUCAUCUCCGAUGAGAAGAAGGAUGCCUCCUACUGGGAGAAGCGGCGCAAGAAUAACGAGGCAGCCAAACGGUCCCGGGAGAAGCGACGCCUCAACGACAUGGUGCUGGAAAACCGUGUGAUCGCACUGAAUGAAGAGAAUGUGAGACUAAAGACAGAGCUCUUGCAGCUGAAGCUGAGGUUUGGGCUGAUCAGCACUGCCUCCUACAUGGAGAAGAGUCAGCAGAUAGGCAGUGGUAGUGGAGGCAGCACAGGUGGAGUCUCCUCUGCUGGGAACCCCUUUUUUUCCGGCAACAGCUAUUCGAGUGCCUCUCAGGUCAUGAUGAAUUCAGAUUCUUCAGAGGCUGAGCAGUCUGGACGAGGGGACAGACACACUUUGCUGCCAAAGUAUUCCCCUCGUGGGUCCCUCUCCGACAUGUCGGAUGGCUCUUCCCGAGACAGCCCUGAGCCCGUUACCUAUGGAAUCAAACAGGAACAUGCUGCUAUGGAUGUCAGUGGCCUGGAAACGGAGAUGGGAGGUAGAGUAUUUGGCAUCCAUCGCAGUACGGGCUCCUUGGAACAUCGGCAUGCCCAGCAGGACAUGGAGUCCAUCGUGGACUACCACCAUGACCACGAGACCACGUCAAGCACCUCUCUCCCUGCCCCAGCACCUCAGAGGAGUGUCAUCCUCUACCGUUCCAGUAGCACCUCGUACCCCGUAAAUUCCCAGAGGCUCCAGGAUGUAGAGCAGCAAUCAGCCACGCAGUCGCACCAAAAUACUCCCGCUACCCGUCACACCCAGCCCUGCAAGCCGGAAAGCUCAGAGCCAGUGAUGGAAGUGGCAAAACAGCUGGAGAUGAAAACUUUGGACUCUCCACCUUAUACAUAUGCUCAGCACCAGCAAGAUUGCGAAACGCAAGGGCACUACGAGUACCCAAACCAUAGCACCCAGAGGGAAGAUGGUUCUGACUCUUGUGCCCCGGACCUCCUGAACAGUGUAGAGGAGGGCGAGUCUCAGUUGUACCAGCAGCAUCACUCCUACCUCAGCCCCAUGGAUGAGGAGCCUCCAGUGCUCACCUAUGAAGGUGACCUCGGAGCCGAAGGAUACUACCAAGAGCGCUCUUCCUCGGCUAAGGACACCUCCUCCAGUGAUGGAGAACCCCGUAGCUCAGACAAGGAAGCUUCAACAGACGAUGAGUCCCCUUCCUCAUCCUGCUCCGACAUGGGCAGCUAUCACCAGCACUUGUCCGCUGUCAAUCACCCUAUGUCCCCUUGCACUGCUGCAUCGCACAGCCAAAGCGGAGAGGGCCAGGUGGAAGUCAAAGCUACGGCCUUGCCCCACAAGCUCCGGCUUAAGUACCGAACCCUGAGCAAUGGCAGAUCGCAAAGUGACACGUCGCCUCCAGCUCCGGGCAUGUCAAUGCCCCAGCACCCCUGUCUGACUGUUAGUCAACGUAACCAGAAGGCUAAUGAUGUCUCUAAGGAGGUGAGCCAUUUAGCCACAUCACAACAAGGGGGCGAAGGAGUGGGUCGCAGGAAGGAGGGUGGAAAGAAGGGGUCCGGUGGUCGGAACAUCCGAAAUAAGAGACGUGAUCUCCAGUGAAAGACUGGACUGCACUUGCUUGGGUUGAGGCUCUCUGAACCCUUCUUCAAAAAAUCUCCUGCAAAUCCUCCUUUCUGUCAGAACUUCAUGACUCCUGUGGGUCCCCCCCCCCCCAUCCUUCAUACAUUCACCCUCAGCUGGAUCUUUCUCAUUUCUUAACACUCACAUGUGGCUAGAUUCUUUUUUUCUCCAUUUAGAAUGUAGAAGCUCUUCUGGAUCAAUGAAGCCGUGUGAGUGAGAAGGGGAAUGGAACUCUUUGUCCAUUAACAUUUUUUUAAAUAGAUGUUAAUAAAAAUCUAUAGCAGAAUUAAUUAUAGCAUAACUGUUGGUCUUUCAAAAGAGAGGCUGUAAUUAACUUCAUGUGACUUACAGAGUUUCCAUACUAUGGUUGGUGGUCAUAUUCAUAAGGACUUAGUGGGUGGCCACCCCGUGUUUUAGCCACUCUGAAUUUCUGAAUUCUGGGAACAUAUUCUUGACCAAAGAAGUAGCUCUUUUCAUGAAGAGUUCCAUCCUUCUUCCUUAGUCUUUUCUUUCCCUC